AAGGUAUUAGUGUUGUUAACACAUUAUUUUUUGAGUAUUUUUUAAUUUCAGUUUAAAAAAAAAUGUUUUUAUCAAAAUUACAAAUUUUAAUUAUAAUUGUCAUGUUUGACACUAUAUUUUCUCCUUUAACCAGUGCUAGUGCUUUAUGCAUUGGUACUUUACCUGCAUCGUGCUUAACUGAAUUGACUGAAGAAGAAGCUAAUGAAACAUUAAAGUAUGUGAUUAGUAAAUAUGAAGAAGUCGAAAUGAAAAUAAUUGGCGAACCUGUAUCCAUCUACGGUUUGCGUUUGUCAUACGGCGAUAUUGAGGAAGAACUGAAUAUUCAUUUUAAAUACAUUGACAAUACUCAACACGACAUCAUACAGAAUUGUGUUUUUGCUUUGUAUCAUCGUCAAAAUGAAUGUGAAUUGAUUAAAACUAUUUGCAAUACAUUUCUGCCGAUUACACCGCGUCCUCUAUUGCAACGUAAAGAUUUGCGUAUUUGUAAUGAUGGCAGUGAUGUGCAACUAGUUGAAAAGGAAGAUGAUGAUGACGAGGAGGAAACGACAAUGGUGACAACAACAGAUGCCGAACAGGUUGCUUCAAAAGCUAACAGUGUUGCUGAAGGUUCUGAAAAUGAUGGCGAUGAUGAUGAUGAUAAGCAACAACUGCGACAGUCGGCACAGCAACGCAGUAUUGAGGCGGAAAGUGAAUGAAAUGAAUACCAGUUGACGACAUGAAAGAAAAUAUGCGUGCUGAGGACACAAAAUAUGUUUGUUAUCUGUAAUGUUCAAGAGGAUGAUGUUGGUAAUUUAGUUGUAAAGAGAAAAGUUUUCAAUAUUAUUUUAGUUUUACUUUUUUUUAAUAUAUAUUUAUAAAUGCAAUAAUGUCUUCUUUUGUUUAUGCAUUUGCUCAUAAUAUGAAUUCACAUUUAAUAAAUGAAAACAGUUUAUUAAAAAGUUAUUGUUUUGUUACUU